GCUGAAGCCAAACUCUUCAUUUUCUCAAUACGUUCAUAGUAGCUUCACAUCUUCAAGUGCCAACUCCAUGGCGUUGUCUGCUUCAUUACACACCUCUUUGUCACAACCAAAGAUGGCGGAUACCUGGUCUCUGCUUGAUAGAUGUUCAAACAUGGAGGAACUAAAGCAAAUCCACUCCCAAAUGAUCAAAGCAGACCUUGUUGCAGAUGCCGUUCCAAUGAGCAGGCUCUUAGUUUUCUGUGCUUCUCCAAACUCUGGGGACUUGGCCUAUGCUGAAAUGCUAUUUGAGAGGUUUGAGAGACCCAACACUUUGAUGUGGAACACCAUGAUUAGAGGAUACUCCAACAGCUAUGAACCAGAACGAGCCUUGCCUCUGUACCAUCAGAUGCUCCAUCAUUCAGUUCCUUUCAAUGCUUUCACGUUUCCAUUUCUGCUCAAGGCUUGCUCAACUCUAUCAGCUUUGGAAAUCAUUCAACAAAUGCAUGCUCACAUCAUCAAAUUUGGGUUUGGCUCAGAGGUUUAUGCUACAAAUUCCCUGGUUCAUGGGUACGCCAUGGCAGGCAGCAUCAAAUCCGCACAUCUCCUCUUUGGCCGACUUCCCCACCGGGACAUUGUCACUUACAAUACAAUGAUAAAUGGAUGCAAAAGAUGUGGUGAUAUUGAAUUGGCCGAUGAGAUCUUUAAGGAAAUGCCAGAAAAGAAUGUUGUCUCGUGGACAACAAUGAUUUCCAGCUAUGUUGAGGCAGGCCAGUAUAAGAAAUCAUUGAACUUGUUUCAGGAAAUGCAGACUGUGGGCGUCGAACCUGACGAUGUUUCCCUGACGUGCAUACUUUCGGCAUGUGCACAUCUUGGAGCAUUGGAUCAAGGCAAAUGGAUUCAUGCAUAUAUUGACAGAACAGUAAUCCAGAUUGAUCCAAUCAUAGGAUGUGCUCUAAUAGAUAUGUAUGCAAGAUGUGGUGAUGUGGAAGAAGCUCUAGCAGUUUUUCUGAAAAUGGAAAGAAAAAAUGUCGCUGCAUGGACGGCAUUGAUAUCUGGUCUUGCAAUCAAUGGGAAGGCAAGGGAUGCUUUAUAUUGGUUUAUGAAAAUGCAGAAAGCAGGAAUCAUGCCAAACCAGAUCACCUUCACUGCAAUUUUAAAAGCAUGUAGUUAUGCAGGACUAGUUGACAAGGGAAAAUCGUUGUUCCAGAGCAUGGAGAAAAGCUAUGGCUUAAAGCCAACAAUAGAACAUUAUGGAUGCAUGGUUGAUUUACUAGGCCGAGCGGGAAUGUUAACAGAGGCAAAGAAACUUGUUGAGACUAUGCCCAUGAAACCAAAUGCUGUCAUUUGGGGAGCAUUGCUCAGUGCCUGUAGAAUUCAUGGAAAUAAGGAGUUGGGAAAACAGAUAGGAAAAACCCUUAUUGAAGUAGAUCCAGACCAUGGCGGUCGGUAUAUUCAGUUAGCCAGUAUUCAUGCUGCUGCGGGGGAAUGGAACCAAGCAGUUGAAGUAAGAAAAAAGAUGAAAGUACGAGGAUUAGCCAAGCUUCCUGGAUGCAGUGCGAUCAGUAUAAAUGGGAUUGUUCAUGAAUUUUUUGCUGGGGACAAUUCUCACCCAGAUAUGAAAGAGAUCUACCACGAGUGGAACCAAAUUGCAGAGAGACUAAGAGAAGAGGGAUAUAAACCAGCAACAGGUAGCUUAUUGCAUGAUCUUGAGGACGAGGAUAAAGAAACAGCUAUCCAUCACCACAGUGAAAAGCUGGCUAUGGCAUUUGGGUUGAGAAGAAUGAAACCAGGAACAACUCUUCGAAUUGUUAAGAAUCUUCGGAUCUGUGAGGAUUGUCAUACUGUAGCAAGGCUCAUCUCCAAGAUUUAUGAUAAGGAAAUGAUCAUGAGGGAUAGAAUACGGUUUCACCAUUUUAGAGAUGGAAAAUGUACUUGUGGAGAUUACUGGUGAAGAAGGAAAAUAGAAGCAAUAUCCAACAGAAUUUAAUAGGAAUGACAUAAUAGAGGAGGCCAAUACUAACAUGUGGGACAUAUUAGCCUCUCCACAUAUUUUGUGGGUUAUGGUCUGCGUUCAUUUUGCCUGUCUCUGACCCGUCCACAGCCGGAAUCUUGUGCAUGCAUGAUGUUAUUUGUUUUAGCCAUGUUAAAAGAGAUACAAGAUAAUAAACGUCAAGAAAAAAAAUCAGUCAAUGCAAC